CCCCCACCGCCUCUAGCCCCCCCCCUCCCCCGGGGUGGCGGGCACCGAUGGCCGUGCCUGGCGGGGAGGCCGCGCCGUUAUUCCGCGACUCGCGCGCGUCGCACGGCGGUGUUGGGUUGAGGGGGCCCCCGCAUUUGCAAGCGCUGCCCUCGCCGUAACGCCGAUUAACAUCCCCGCCCGCGCGUGCGAUGACGAAGACGACAACGACGGUGGGAGGUGGACACGAAGCGGCGCCGUGAAAGCCGUGACAAAACGACGGAGGAGGAGGAGGCGGCGGCCCCCGCAGCUUUCCAGUGAGCCCAUGCAGAAAUGAUGCCAAAACCGGCUUCCAAAACGUCUGUGAGAAUCACUCCGGAAGAUCGAGCCCGUGAAUUUAGCGGAGUCUUUCACGCCAGCGGGAAGCAGCUCAUCUGCAGCUCCUGUAACAUCCCCGUGGAUCACACCAGAAAAGCCAGCCUGGAGAAGCAUCUCAUAACGGCCAAACAUCGACGCCGCCUCGGCCUGUACACCAUUAGCGAGGAGAAGCCGUCUAAGAAGCCUCGAGUGGUCAAAACCGAAGUCGCUCCCCAGCCGCAACGUAGUAGCAAUCGCCUGGAGCCCGUUCUCAAGCUCGUGCAAGCGUUUGCCGAAGCGAACAUUCCCAUCGGUAAAAUAGACCAUCCGGCUCUGCAUGCCUUUUUAGAGCAAAACGUGAAAAAGGUUGGUGUGCUUCCGGAGGCAUCCGUCCUGCGGAACAUGUACUCUCAGAAAGUGUACGAGUUGCAUGUGAAGGAGCUCACGGAGAAGUUCGGCCGCUGCCACAAUGUGGCUAUCGUAGUGGACGAGACGACCGAUGAGGAGGAUCGAUACAUGCUCAAUAUUCUGGCAGUGCCAAGCCUGUCGGUGGAAGGGCCGAGGAACAGUGCCAAUAAAAGCAUUGAACCGCUGCUGGAGGCCUAUCUGAUUGAGUGCUGUCUGCUUGAGAUAACCAACUUCAAAACGGUGAGCGAAGCUGUGCUGCGGGCAACACAGAUGGUGAACAUUGAGCCCACCAAAGUUUCUGCGUUUGUGACCGACCAUGCGGCAUACAUGUACAAGGCGUGGGAGAGAAGCCUGAAGCCUAUUUUCCUAAAUGCCGUCCACGUGACCAGUGCGGCACACAUAUUGAGCAUCGUGGGCGAGAUUUGGCAGAAUGCGUUCGACGAAGUUAGCCAGCUUAUCGUGGCCAUCGAGAAAUCAUUUUCAGCGUGCCCCGCGCGGAAAGCCCGCUUCCGCAACUUCCUGCAGGAGAAGGGGAUGAAGCCAACUCUCCCACCUGCCGUACAGCCAAAUCGCUGGAGUUCCUGGUUCGAGUCGGCCUCCUACCACCGCCUGCAUCUGCAGGACUACGCGGAGUUUUUCCAGGGCGAGCAGCAGACGAGCGGGAGCAGCGCGGUGGAGGAAGUUGUGGAGCUGGCGCAGAGCGGCAACACUGAGGAGCAGCUCGAUGUCUUGGACAGGUACGGCGGGCAUGUGAGGCAAAUGCUCGCCAAGUAUGAGCUGGCACGGAGCACGUCGGCCUGCGUGGUGGACGACCUGCGCGAGCUCGCGUUCUGGGCGCAGGGCGAGGCGGAGGUGGCUUGCACGGUGGCUGCCGAUGCCCUGAUUGCCAUGGCGACACGCCUGUGCCAGUAUGUGGAAUUCGAGAGUCCGUGCCGGUUUACCCAGCCGGCGGCACGCUUCCUGGCCGCCUGCCGAAUGUUCGAUCCGGCCAAGGCCGUUGAGCUGCUCAUGGAUUCGGGGGAAAUAUGCAAUGCGGUUCCUUUGUUGGAAGACAACAUCGCUGGCAUCGCACAGCUCAUCGCAUACUUGGAUAAUCUUGGUGAGUUUGUGCCAUCGGAACCAGUGAUGUUUUGGAGGAAGCUUGCUGACAGAUUUCCCGAGCUCUCGCGGGUAGUGUUGGCAUGCUUGUCUGUGCCCUUGAGCAGCGUCGAUGCAAAGAAGAGCAUUUCCAUGUACUCUAAUGUUCUUAUGUCUGAGUUCCACGGCCACAAAUAACAGAUUCUGUGUAUAAUUUGAGCAAGACUACUUGCAACAACUUAUAUUGGUGAAUGUUAAGACCUGUGAGACACUGGAGUGAUGUAGACUUCCUAAUAAUUCCUCAAUGGGAUUUGAAUCUCCAAAGAAGUUCUGCCACACACACAAUGAUGGUCUUCAGAGUCGUAGUUUUGUAUAAGUUAGCUAAAAUGUGUUGUCAUGUGGGUGAGUACGGUCUUAUGCACAAAAUAAUGUAACUACUGUAUGUCUCACAAAUAGAAGUGAAUUUGCUCUAAGACUACCUUUCAGAGUGUCUGUGGUGCUUGGCCUCAACUUAUUAUGAUGGCCCUUUGGUGUAGCAGUGGCAGGGGGUGAGGUUGAGGGUGUGGAUCUGGGAGCUUAGCAGUUAGCGCGCUGCGCUACGAACCCCCGCGAUCCUAGUUCGAGUCCCGCUCACUGCCAAUACUAGUGACGAUUAUUGGAAACGGUCCCGGGCCUACCCUAGGUCGACUCAGCCUCAAAUGAGUACCUGGUGUGAUGUGUAAACCUCAUCACUAGGGAGACAAAGGCGGUCGGGCGUGGUGCUGGCCACUCACCCUCUCGUGUGCCGGGCCAGCCUUCAUCGAUGCCCGAUAACAGCACUUGCCCCAACAGUUUGUUACAUGCUAGACGGGGGAUCUUUGUGUUGACUACUGCUCGAUGGAACCUACACACUUGCUUGGCUGUGUGAUAUAGUCAUUGACACGAGCAGGUGAAUGAGCUACCAACGAGACCGGUAGUAUUCUCAGCUCUUGUAUUUACACUUAUGAUUUAGUAAAGACUCUCUUUGGGUUCAUAAUGUGAAGAUAAAGAUGUAUUAUGAACGAAGAAAGCUAAAUGAAUAAGCACUUAUAUGCCCGAGACUGGUAUUUUUCAAUUGAAUACAUUUGAGGAUUAAAUUACCCUCUUACUGAUUACAGUCAAGGUUUGUAGAGACAGGUGCUGCUAAGUCCACUUAACCCCCAGCACUAAUUUGGAACAUUGUCAUUGUCUCUGCUUUAAUGAGUUUGGUGUGGUACUCUUCUCCAUUGUGCAAGUGUUCAGUUCAGUUUCAGUUCAGUUUAUUUUGGUAUAGCCCUGCGAGCCAUCCGGCUCUUGAAUCGGGUACAACCACAACAAACAAAAAAACAAAAACACGAACAAGAAAAACAUCUUAAAGUGACU